AUGAACAAUUUACGAAAAACUCACCCACUAAUUAAAAUUGUAAACCACUCAUUCAUUGAUCUACCCACCCCCUCUAACAUCUCAUCAUGAUGAAAUUUUGGCUCUCUUUUAGGCCUCUGCCUAAUUAUCCAAAUCCUCACAGGCCUAUUUCUUGCCAUACAUUACACCUCUGAUACCUCCACAGCAUUCUCAUCCGUCGCCCAUAUCUGUCGAGAUGUUAAUUACGGCUGACUAAUUCGCUACAUACACGCUAAUGGAGCCUCACUAUUCUUCAUAUGCAUUUUCCUCCACAUCGGUCGGGGCCUUUAUUAUGGGUCUUAUACUCAAACAGAAACAUGAAAUAUCGGAGUAGUCUUGCUUUUCACCGUAAUAGCAACUGCUUUCGUUGGGUAUGUCCUCCCUUGAGGACAAAUAUCGUUCUGAGGUGCUACAGUCAUUACUAAUUUAUUAUCAGCAAUCCCUUACAUCGGAACUACUUUGGUAGAGUGAAUCUGAGGGGGAUUCUCGGUAGACAAAGCAACCUUAACCCGCUUUUUCGCGUUUCAUUUCAUUCUCCCGUUUGUAAUUGCUGCUCUCGCAGUCAUUCACUUACUUUUCUUACAUGAAACAGGAUCAAACAACCCAUCCGGUCUAAACUCAGACCCAGACAAAAUUCCUUUCCACCCCUACUACUCUGUCAAAGAUCUCGUAGGUUUCUUUAUAACUAUUUUAGUUCUCUUAACACUUGUCCUAUUCACUCCUGACCUUCUAGGAGAUCCGGAUAACUAUACACCUGCUAACCCACUAAGUACACCACCCCAUAUUAAACCAGAAUGAUACUUCCUUUUCGCCUAUGCUAUUCUACGCUCUAUCCCCAAUAAACUGGGAGGAGUCCUAGCCCUUGUCGCCUCAAUCCUUAUUCUCAUUCUAGUACCACUACUCCAUACAUCCUACCAACGAGGACUAGCCUUCCGUCCACUUACCCAGAUGCUCUUUUGAAUCCUAGUAACAGAUCUAUUAACACUAACCUGAAUUGGAGGUCAACCAGUUGAACAGCCCUUUAUCAUUAUUGGUCAACUUGCCUCAAUCCUCUACUUUCUCCUGAUCACAACGCUUAUUCCACUUACAGGAUUAUUAGAAAAUGACCUAUUAAAAUGAUAG